AUGUCGGCCGAGUCUAUCACCCAGGUCACCUCCGGGCCCCGGAGGAACCAUAGCUGGUUCCGGUCUGUCGCCUUCCAGAUCGUCAUCGCCAGCGGCGUUUCUUUUACGGCCCCGGGCAUGUGGGACGCCCUCGGUGGUCUUGGUGCCGGCGGUGCCGCUGAGCCCUAUGCUGUGUCGGCGGCUAACGCGCUGGUCUAUGGGCUGUUUUCCAUCGUCUGUGUUGCGGCCGGCGCUAUCAACAACCGCAUUGGCCUGCGAUAUGGACUUGCUCUGGGUGCUAUCGGAUAUCCGCUCUACGGUGCGGGACUGUACACCAACAACGUCAACGCCACGACAUGGUUCAUGCUCUUCGGCAGUGCCAUCUGUGGUAUUUCGGCCGGCUUCUUCUGGGCUGCAGAGGCAGCCAUCAUCAUUGGUUAUCCCAGCCCGUCAGAUCGUGCAUUCUACCUGGCUAUUUGGCAGGCGGCCAAGGCCCUAGGCCCGAUCGUUGGCGGUGCUAUCAACCUCGGCCUGAACGCGAGUCGAUCAUCGACCGGCUCCGUCAGCUCGGCAACAUACAUCGUGUUCAUCGUCAUCAUGUGUCUCGGCCUGCCCAUUGCGCUCUGUCUGAGUCCGGCAGACAAGGUCUGGCGCCGGGACGGCACCAAAGUUGUUACGCACAAGGCGGCCACGUGGGGCGCUGAGUUCAAAGCCGUCCUCCAGCUGCUCGUCUCACGCCGUAUCUUGCUCCUGCUACCGGCCUUCUUCAUCAGCUACUUCUACAACGGCUUCCUCAGCACCUGGUUGACCACCUAUUUCACCGUGAGAUCGAGAGCCUUCUCGUCUUUCUUCACCAACUUCGCCGGUAUCUUCAGCUCCUUCAUCAUUGCCGGCCUUCUCGACCGCCAAUCGAUACAUAUCAAGACGAGGGCUAAAAUUGCUUUCUCAUCCAUCGUAGUCGUUUUGAUAGGCACUUGGAUUUGGGCCACAAUCUUGCAAAAGCAGUUUUACGAUGCUCCUGAGUCGCCCGUUUUUGACUGGUUCCAGGGAGGUUUCGGGAAGUCCUAUGCCUUGGUGUUCUUCUGGACCUUCGCGGGCCAAGCUUUCCAACAGUUUCUGUACUGGCUCGUCGGCCAGUAUGCAACUGACUUGUCAACUCUGUCUCACCACACUGGUAUUCUACGUGGAUUUGAAGCUCUUGGACAGACGGUGGCUUGGGCUAUGCAAUCCGAGGGCAACGCCAACCACUUUGUGAGCAUCGGCAUCAACUUUGGUAUUCUACUCAUCUGCAUCUUCCCGACAUGGGUUGUGCUCUCGGAGUUGGAACACAGUCACGAGGUCCGAGUCACUGAGGAAGACGUCGCCCACGACGAGGAAAGCACAACUGACAAUGAAUCUGGGAAAUGA